GUACCAGGGAUCGAACUCAGGACCUUGUACUUGCUGUUGUGCUUUUCUUAAUAACCAUGUUUUUCUUGGGGUUACUAGUGGACCCAUUUGUCCAGGUGGUUUCCCAUGCUUGCCCUCCUGCCCUUGCUAAGAGCUCGGUGCCAUCUUGUCACCAGUGUGUCUUCAAGUUCGCGUGGGUUCCUGACUCUCUACCUGGUGUCUCAGCCUGCUGUGCAGGUGGCAUCCUGGGUUUCUCCCCAGAUCUUCCUAAAUGUCUUGCUUUGAUUUGUUCCUUUGUUUUGGUGACUUUUUCAAUGCAGUUAUCAGAAAAAAUAAAUUUAUGGUGAUACAUUUUACACAUCUGAAGCUGUGUCUGUCCAGCCAAUGACCAGUGGUUCAGCUGGGUGCUGAUGUACAGGCGGAUGAGGCUUCUCUCAGUGGAUGGCAUUGCUGGGCUCACUUCUAGCUUCCCUACUGCUCUCGGGAAGUCUGAUACCAAUGGAUUCUUGAUCCUUUUAUAAGAGAUUUUUUUUUUUAACCUGUGCAGAAGCCUUUGGAAUCUUCUCUUUUACCUGAGGUUUUGAGUUCAUGAUGAUGUGGUUUCCUGUGGGACACUUCUUGUGCAUCAUGUCAGGCCUGUGUAUGCCAGUGAAGUGCUAUGGCUUUGUGUAGGUGCAGCAUCUUGGGAACAGGGCCUCCUAUUGUGAAAUGGGCUUACAGAUGGGCUAGCAGAUAUCACCAGACAGACCUCUGUUCUGCUCCCUAGGUGGAGAGAUGGCGUUGUGUGCCUUCUGUGUCAUGUCCCUGAGGCCUGCAGCCCUGAGGUGCUGAUGGCCCUUCCUACCUGUGACCAUAGAUGCCCACUCUCAGCAAGUGCUUGGGGUUGUGUCUUGUGGUGCUGUGGAUCAAACUCAGGUGUUCUAAUCCUGAGCUACAGAUAAGAAAGCGGAGAUCGACAUGCUGGCAGCAGAGUACAUUUCCACUGUGAAGACUCUGUCCUCGGAGCAGCGUGUGGAGCAUCUGCAGAAGAUCCAGAGUGCCUAUAGCAAGUGCAAGGAGUACAGUGAUGACAAGGUGCAGCUGGCCAUGCAGACCUACGAGAUGGUGGAUAAGCACAUCCGGAGGCUCGAUGCGGACCUAGCUCGCUUUGAGGCAGACCUGAAGGACAAGAUGGAUGGCAGUGACUUUGAAAGCUCUGGAGGCCGGGGGUUGAAAAAAGGUCGGGGUCAGAAAGAGAAAAGAGGCUCCCGUGGUCGAGGCCGGAGGACAUCUGAAGAAGACACUCCAAAGAAGAAGAAGCACAAAGGAGGGUCUGAGUUCACUGACACCAUCCUGUCUGUGCACCCCUCCGACGUGCUCGACAUGCCUGUGGAUCCCAAUGAGCCCACGUACUGCCUGUGCCACCAGGUGUCCUACGGGGAGAUGAUUGGCUGUGAUAAUCCUGACUGUCCAAUCGAGUGGUUUCACUUUGCCUGUGUGGAUCUCACCACGAAACCCAAAGGAAAGUGGUCAGUAUGGGGGUGCUGCGGGGUGCCCUCUGCCCACUCCCACAGAGGAGGCUCUUCUUGGCUGGGCAGGGGGCUGGUCUGGCUCUCUGGGUGUAGCCGGGUACCCAGUGUCACUGCAGCACUGGUCCUGGCUCCUGGGCCGGGUGAGCUUGCAGGGACCUUGCCCGAUUGCCCAAGGUACAAUUAUCUGCAUUGGUGCCCAUCAGCCCUGAAGAGCAGCCAUGCUGGCCCUGCAGUGGGGACAAGAUCACUUUAAGAGGAUGAGGAGUAUGGGUUCUUGUGCCAGGGAAAGGCAGGGAGCAGGUGGAGAGCAUCAUUUGGCACACAGAUCCCUGCGAGGUGCUCUGCCUGAGAAAUGGUGCAAGGGCUUGCACUGUCCCAGCCUGGCCUUCAGAGGGCAGUGGCACCUGCUGAAGGUGUUCCUGAGUUUUUACGAUGAAAGCCUGGAAAUGGGUACAUGUUCUCAAAAGGCAACUGUCGGAAUGCUGCCUUCCUCACAUGGAGCACCGUUGGCUUGCUGUGGCCGUGUGCUUGCUUGCUGUGUAAACCGAAGCUCUCGAAGACCCACAUGUGGUUGGUGAGAGUGAAUUAUCCUCUGGUGUUUGGUGCAAAGACCACGGAGGGAGUAUAGGGGUGGAUGCUGUGUUGCAGCAGGCUCUUAGCCUGUGAUGGUGAUGGGAGCUCUCUUGUGGGGGCAUAGGUGACCAUGUAGCACCUUACCUCAUGUUUGUGGCGAUGCUGGAGUUUCCCAAGAGAAGAGGUAGAGCUGCUGCCCUCUGUGCUGGAAACUGUAGGACAGCAGGUGGUGGGUGCAGCAGAGUAGGGGCAGUGGUUUCUUUGUGGUCUCUUUCUUUUGUUUGUGGUACUAAGGAUAGAACCCAGGGCUAGGCAGGCUGUGCCCCAAGCUAUACCCAAGCCCUCAAGUGGCCUUUUUUAGACCACUGCAAGUGGGCUGCUCUCUCUGCAGUGAGACAGGAACUCUUCACUGACACAGCUGCCCACACACCUGUACCACCUGUCCCCCACACCUGCAGCCUUGUCAUACAGAGGUCCCUGGAGGUGAUGUUAGUGAGUUUACUCUGCAUAGGGACUGCAUUAGUUGUCAUAUUGUCCUCAUGUGUCAUGAGCAAACCAGAGCUUGCUCCAUCCAGAGAACUAGAGGUCUUUGUGAGUUGUGUAGUUCAUAGGGCCCAGCCAGCUGAGGCAGGGGCCUGGGCUCAAGGCUCUCAGGACAUCCAGCUCGACUGGGUACAUCUCCACAGUGGCAUAGUAACCCUGUACCCAGUUACCCAGAGAAGACCAUCCUAGUCCCUUUGAUCUCGAGGACGUUGCUGAAGUGAGUCCGUCACCUUCAGGACACGUGUGGGACAGCAGCUUACAGGGCAGCUUUUCCAGGUGGGAUGGCCAUGCCCACUGUGCUAGCAUCUGACCUCUGGCUCUGUCUGUCCAGAGUCCACCUGCCUUGGACCAAGUAGUGGAGUCUGGUGGCUGCACUGGCAAGAAGGACACAGAGGCCGACCCCUGUGCCUUUCUCUCCCAGGUUUUGCCCACGUUGUGUUCAGGAAAAGAAGAAGAAGAAGUAAGGAAGAGGCUGUGCGCCCAGAUCGAAGAGCAAGUUAAUAUAUUCCUUCGUGUUGCAAUAUUUUCUUUCAAUUUUAAAACUACCUUAUUUUGUCUGAUAUUUAAGAACUUAGUGGCCAGUUGUAAUUCUGGAUAUUUCCUAAAACAAACCACUGCCCUGUGGGUACUUGUGAACUUGGGCUGCCAGGCACCAUGCACAUUCUAACCUGGUUCACUGCCACCACUCUGCUACUGGAGUGUCUCCUGCAGUUCUCUGGGACCAUACACAGACCUCUGUGAGCAUACUUGUCACUCCUGAGCUGACCUGACCUCGAGGAUGGGCCCUUGGCAAGGCCACUGCUGCCGUCCUGGCCAGGCUGGCUCUUCUGGGAGGAGGUGGCCCUGCCCUACUGUGCACUUCCUCUUUAAUGUGGACUCCGGCCCUCUGGGCUUCACCAGAGUAAGCACUCCUGUUGGCCCAGGCUGUCGUUUACCAUGACCGGCACCAUCACAUGGUGGCCUGGCAGCCGGCGACAUUCCUUCCGUUCCUCUGGGAAUCCCUGCUGUUUUUACUGUGAAGAUGAAAUUAGUCUAAUUGCAUGAAGAUCGUGGGUCUUCUGUGUCUGUGAUGUGAGUCUGUCUCCUGGGGCUGACUUUAUAACUUGUGCUGCCUACUGCCAGGCCUACAGCUCGCCCCAAAGGGAUGGCAGUUCUGCAGCCUGGUGAGUGAUUACAGUGCUCGGAAAUGAUACCGGACUGGAGUUGGAAAUGGAGUGUACUGUUCGUUCAGCCACUAUUUGCCAAGUCAGUGUUGAGCUGUCUCUGUGGUGGAGUUGGGGAAAAUGUACACAUUUGGUCUGAUGAGUGACAUUGUGACUGUCCCUCCAGUGUAGCCUCUGAGACCCCCCCAGACCCCAAGAUCUUCUCACACACUCUCCACCUAUAGUGCCAGAGAACCCAUGGAAGAGUGUUCUGUCCUCACCAGAGGCAUGUGUUUGUGUCCCGUGAGGGCUGCCUGUCUAAUAUCCCUCCCUCACUUUCUAGUGUUCUGCCAAGGACAGAAGAUGGCAGGAAGGUGCUAGUAUGGGGCCACCUGCAUGGUGUUGCACCCCAUAUUCAGCUCAUGCUUGCAGAUGCGGACAGGACCUUCGAGCACCCCUGGGUGGGGAGUCCAGGCCUCCGGUUCUUAGUGCAAAGCCCUGGCAUGCAAUCUCCAGGGGAAGCCUUGGCUGGGCUUGCUCUGCUGUGGGGGCAGUGAGUUGUGGGUGCUGACCCUGCCCAUGCAUUUGUUGCUGGGCAGGUGAGGGUGGGCAGUGGAUGGUUGACAGCAAUCCCAACUCAUCCUUUUGGUAGUCCUCAGGCCAGAAGGAGCUUCUUAAGUAUCUAGCCCAGCCUUGGGUUAAGAGGGCUGCUCAGUCUCAGCUGGAUGCAUUUCAUUUUAUAACUUAGUUUGUAUGCUUUUUGGCGAUUGAACCCAAAGAGUGCUGAGCUAUGUCCUCAGCUCUUUUCAAAAUUUUUAAAUUUUGGGACAGAGUUUCACUGAAUCAUU